AGGAAGCAGCGGCGCUGGCCCGGCCCCGCUCCGCCCCGCUCCGCCCCCCCUAGGCCGCGCCGAGCACACCGGGACAGGGCCCAGCCCAGCACCGCCGCACCCCGGGCCCCGGACCCGGCCCCGCCGGCAAGAUGCAGGACCCAGACAAAGACACAGAGUGGAAUGACAUCCUGCGCAAGAAAGGUAUCCUUCCUCCAAAGGAGAACCUCGAAGAACAGGAGCGUGCAAAGGAGGAGGAGCAGCUUAUGAUCCUACAGAAGUCUAUUGUGAAGACUUACGAGGACAUGACUCUGGAAGAGCUAGAAGAAAAUGAAGAUGAAUUUAAUGAGGAAGAUGAGAAAGCUAUUGAAAUGUACAGACAGCAAAGGUUAGCAGAAAUGAAAGCAGCUCAAAUGAAGAAUAAAUUUGGGGAAGUUUUGGAGAUUUCUGGAAAAGAUUAUGUUCAAGAGGUUACAAAAGCUGGAAAAGGUAUAUGGGUAGUCCUGCACCUGUACAAACAAGGAAUACCACUCUGUGCGUUAAUAAAUCAACAUUUGAAUGGGCUUGCAAGAAAGUUCAGAGAUGUGAAAUUCAUCAAAGCUAUCUCUACCACCUGCAUACCCAACUAUCCCGAUAAGAAUCUGCCUACAAUAUUCGUCUACCUUGAAGGAGACAUCAAAGCUCAGUUCAUUGGGCCUUUGGUGUUUGGUGGCAUGAACUUGACAAGGGAUGAAUUGGAGUGGAAGAUUUCGGAGUCAGGUGCCAUCAAGACAGACCUUGAGGAGAACCCCAGGAAGCAGAUCCAGGACCAGCUCAUGUCCUCGAUUAGGGCGUGUGCCCCAACCAGGGCAGAGAGUGACUCAGAGGAUGACUAACUCCUGCAUCAGCAUCAAGAGUGAUACAAUAGGCCUGCAGCCAGUGUUCCCAUCUAAAGCGCUGGAGAUGCUCAUCAAGAUCUUGCUGAACCCCAGAAGAGUGGUAUUUCAAGACAGACAUUUAUCUAGAAAUUUAAAGGUGGUUGUUUUUUUUUGGAGGUGGGGAGGAAAUUAUUGCAAUUUCACUUAAGAUCCUGAAAGACAUUUUAUAUUAUGAAGCUUGAGUAAAUAUUACUCAAAGUUUUAAAAUACAGGCAUCAGUAGACACAAAAGUCUCUUGUUAUUAUU